UUUAUCAUCCAAUGGCGCCAAUGUCUGAUCGUUAUGAUAGGUUAUUGUACACGUGACAGUUAGUUAAUGUUAAUAUUAAAUAAGAAAAUUUCUAUUUUGUUAAAUCAACUAAUUAGCAAGAUAGUAACGUGAUAAUACAAUCGAGUACUUUAUGUGACAUAUUGUAAUUAUGGAAGGAAAAACUCAAAUUGAAGAGGACAACGAAGAUGAAGAAGAUAAUGUUGUCGCCCUUAAAAAUAGAGUUCCAUUAUUGAAGGAUUUGUUUCGUGUCCAUGGAAAAGUCGGGGAAGGAACUUUCAGUUCUGUGUUCUUAGCUACGUUAAAAUCUUCGGAUGGUACGAAAAAGUUUGCGUUAAAACAUUUAGUUCCUACUCGUCAUCCUGAAAAGAUUGAACGUGAAUUGCAGUGUAUGCAACAGAUAGGUGGAAAGGAUUAUGUGGUUGGAUUAGAAUUGUGUUUACGAAGUUUUGAGACAGUAGUAUUUGUAAUGCCAUAUAUGAGACACGAUAAAUUUUCGGAUUAUGUACAAAAUAUGACUCUUCAAGAAACAAAAGAUUAUAUGAUAGCAUUAUUGACUGCAUUGCGAAGAGUUCAUCAAUUUAAGAUUAUACAUAGAGAUGUUAAGCCUAGUAAUUUUUUAUAUGAUCGGUGCAAUAAAAGAUACUUGUUGGUAGACUUUGGAUUAGCACAAGAAUACAUAGCUGAAGAUAAGUCUAAUAAACUUAAGUCCAUUAAUUUUGAAACCCAAUCUGUCAAGCGGAAAAGAUCAGAUGAAAAUAGUUUAAACCUUUCUCUUAGCUCGAGAAAAAAAGUUAUAGGAGAAAAAUGUUAUUGUUUUGGAAAACCAAAAGUAUGUUCACUGUGCACAUCUAGACCAGAACAGAUAGCUCCAAGAGCUGGCACACCAGGAUUUCGUGCACCUGAAGUUUUAUUAAAACACCCUUCACAAACACCAGCAAUUGAUAUUUGGGCAAGUGGGGUAAUGAUGCUGUGCAUCCUCAGUGGCACCCAACCAUUUUUUCAUUCUCCAGAUGAUUGUACAGCUUUGGCAGAAAUAACUACUAUAUUUGGGUCUAAUAAAAUGCAACAAUGUGCACACAAAUUAGGAAAAAAAAUUAUCUUUAAUGAAGAUAUACCAGGGGUUGAUAUUGUGUCUUUAUGUCAGAAGUUACAAAAGAGAAAUAAGGGUUUAUUAGAUAAUUGUAAAGAUCAUAGGAUGUACGAAAAGGCAUCUACGGACGUUCAGUUUCCGAAAGAAGCUUAUCACUUGUUACUAAGGUUGUUGGAUUUAAAUCAUAAAACACGUCUUACAGCAGAGCAAGCUUUAGAUCAUCCAUUUUUAAAGUUAUAACCUAUAUUCUUAAUAAU